CUGGCUCAGCCCAGCAGAAGCCUUUCGCAGCCUCGUUCCCUUGCUGACAGAGGGGUAUGGCGUGUGCCUGGCUGACUGGUGGCACGGCCAGGGGCCAGGGGCCAGGGGCCAGGCUGAGGCUGGAUGUGUCUGAUGUGUGAAACAGUCAGAAACAGCAUCGCAGGCGCGAGGAAGACAGACAACAACCAGGAGCACUGCGCACAGCUGAGAUGCAGAGGAGUCUGAUGUUGAAAACAGAAGGCCUGGACUCUCUCACGCUGGAUAGAGGGCUGGUUGUGUUUAAGCUCCUGUCUCACCACCUCGCCGAUCUCACUACAGAAGACUUCAAGCGCUUCAGACAUGAGCUGCGUUACAGCAAGCAGGAUGAGCACAGGAUCUCCUGGUUGGAGCUGGAAAAUGCUGACCGCACUGACACAGCUCACCUCAUGGCCGAGCGUUUCAGCUCCCAGGCCGUGGAGGUGGCGCUGGAUGUCCUGAAGUCCAUCAACUGCGCCUCCACAGCACACAGCCUGCGGACAGAAUGGGAGAAGGUUACAGGUUAUGAUGCAGGACACUCCCCUCCAAAAAGAAGGUUGAUAGACUACCAGUCCGAGUACAAGGAGGCGGUGCAGCAGAAGCACGGGAAGGUGGAGCCGUAUGAAGCAUCACCCUGGGAGGAGCACGGCCUCUCCUCCUCCUACAUCAGGCUGCACCUCCAGACGAAGGGCGGGGCCGGAGACCUGGCCGGCCGGCGGAGGCAGCUGGUGAGGCAGCGGACCACGGACAGAGACUGCGAGGACCUGGAGACGCUGCUGGACUCCGGCAGGCCCCAGGUCCUGGCGCUGCUGGGCCCGGCGGGGAUGGGCAAGAGCUACACGGCGAAGAAAGUCAUGCUGGACUGGGCUGCACCAGGCAAGCACUACAGCGCGUUCGACUACAUCUUCCUCCUGGACUGCCAGAAGCUCAGCCGCCGGGCACAGGACGCCAGCCUGGCGCAGCUGGUCUGCGAGGAGUGCGCCGCCCUGAGGCCUGUGCUGCAGAGCGUCUUUGAAUCCAGGGUUCUUAUUGUGAUGGAUGGCUUGGACUUUGUGGAGUUUGCCACCGGAGAAGUUCCCGAGAUGGAUGCGUUCUCUAAGAAACCGAUAUCAGUGCUUCUCCAGGGGCUCCUGCAGAAGAGGCUCCUGAGCAGCGGUCAGCACUACUCACUGCUGGUCACCAUCCGCCCCGCCAUCGCAGACCAGCUCAAGAAGUGCGCCAGGGUGGACCAGUGGGUGGAGAUACUGGGCUUUUCCGAAGAAAACCUGCAGGAAUACUUCCAGCACCAGGGCCUGGCUGCCCAGGCCUGCGAGGAGGUGCGGAGCAACGAGAGCCUGCUGAGCUUGUGCGCAGUGCCGCUCACAUGCUGGGUGGUCUGCACACUCCUGAAGCAGCAAGGAGAGGGGGGGGAGGGGCUCCUGGGCGCCCCCACUUAUUCCAUCACCUGCGUCUUCAUCAGCUACAUCUACAUCAUCCUGAAGCACCACCACAGCUCCUCCAGCCCCGAGGAGGCCGCCGGCGCCCUCCGCUCGCUCAGCCGGCUCGCCAAGGAUGGCCUGGCUCGCAGGAAGAGGGAAUUCGACGUGAAGGACGUCGAGGCAGAGUUUGGGGGCGUCCACAGGGUCCCCACCAGCUUCCUCAAUAAAUGCGGGUACCGGUGUGGGGUGAGAAGAGUGGAGGUGUACUCCUUCACCCACCCAGCCCUCCAGGAGGUGCUGGCCGCCCUCUUCUACGCCAGCGAUGCCUCUACCGGCCCGCUGAACGGGUUCCUGUCCGCCUCUCUCCAGCCGGGCCACGCACACCAGCGGGACAUGGUCCAGUACCUGUUUGGGCUCUGCCACCCACACAACUGGGCCCUGCUCGCGCCGUUCCACCUGGCAAGCUCCGCGUCUUUGACCCCCAGGCUGAAGAACUGGAUGAAAGAAGCAGUCACCCUCACAAACAGGAACCCCGAAGAUACGUACUUCCUGCUGGACCUGCUGCUGUGCCUGUACGAGUUCCAGGAGGAGGCCUUUACCACGCAGACCGUGGGAGCCCUGCAGGAGGUCCGUCUGCAGUGUGUCUUCCUGAAGAAGCGCGACUUCCUGGCUCUGCGCUACUGUCUCCAGCACUGCCAGGCCUCCCAGCUGCCCCGCCUGCUGCUGCACUUCUGCAACCUCAGGAGCAAGGAGGCCAAGAAACUGCUCCCCCUGCUGGACAAGACUAAAGACUUCAGUAUCCAGAUGUCAGAGCUAAGCCAAGAAUCCAUGAGCUACCUGAGUAAGGAGAUCGCAACAAAGCACAAGCUGAGAGAUGUGUGGUUGCGCAUGGCUCAAGACAGUGACGCCCUGGACCUGACCUGCUCCACCUGGAAGUCUUGCAAUAACUCGCUGAGGAUCGAGGGCAUUCCCAGGGCCCAGACCUGCCUGCGCUGGUUCCUACAGGACUGUGGGUUCGGCCUCAGGGAGCUGUACUUCCAUGACCAGAAGGAGGAGGAGGAGGUGCAGGGGAUGUUGGAAGUCUUGAAGGAGACGGACUGUCAGCUCCAGUGUCUCAGUGUGAAGCGCUGCUGUCUCUCGGAGCGCAGUGUUCGAGCCCUGCUGGCCCUGCUGGAGAGCAGACCUGCCAUCACCACCCUGGACCUGGAGGGGAGCAGACUGGGACAGGAGCAGCAGAAACUGUUUUUGGACGAGCUGGGAGCCAUGGGAGGGGCUGGCCUGCAGUCGCUGGGGCUGCUGGACACCGGCUUGACAGCCGCCAGUGUCCCCGCCGUCUGCUCC